CAUUCUCCGCAGGCCCUGGGGGGUCACUGUCUGGGGGGCACGGGCGGAUGGGGAGGCGCCAGGAAUCGGGGUGAGCCGAGGCAGGUGGCUGGAGGAGAGCUUCGUGCCGUCGGGCAGCUCCCUGACCCUCGGGCGGCCUCCACCCCCCAUGGGUGCCCUGGUGAGAGCCGCCCUGGUCCUGACGCUGCUCGAACCGGCGUGUCUACUGACCCAGGAGCCCCGGGGUCGUCCGACCGUCGCGCCCGCCCCCAGCCUCCACGUCCAGUUCGACCCCUGGAGGAUGAACUUGACCUGGGCCUGCGGCGACAACACGACCGCCGUCCAGUGCGGGAUGUGGACCCGGAAAAGGGGGCCCGUGACCAUGAGGCUCCAGAAGCUCCGCUGCCACUGCGCGUUCCCCGCCGCCGUCCUCCACCAGGGGGCGACCUUCUCCGUCACCGCAAACGUGGGCCCCAGACCCGUCACCGAGGAGCUGGACUUCGCCAACCCGGGUGGGCAGGGCACAGCGGCCCGCAACGUCUCGUGCCUCAUCUACCGGGCGGAUUUCAUGAACUGCACGUGGGCCAGGGGUCCGGCCGCCCCGGAAAACGUCCAGUACUUUCUGCACAUCAGAGACCUGCAGUCAGGGAGCACGAGGGAAUGUCCCUAUUACCUGAGAGACGCAAAGGCCACCCACGUGGGAUGUCACCUCCAAGGGGCCACGGAAUUCCGUUCGGAGAUUUACAUCCUCGUCAACGGCACCAGUCCCAGCGCAGGCAUCCAGUUCUUCGACGAUAGGUUGAUAUUAAAGACAAUAGAAAUCUAUGACCCCCCUGGCAACAUCACCGUCCACUGCAACGCCUCCACGUGCCUCGUCCAGUGGGACACCCCCAGGAUCCGCGUGUUCCUGUCCAACUUGGAGAUGGAGUACCAGCUGGACAUCCACAGACAGAACAGUAUGCAGCCCAGUGACCAUCAGCUGGUGGAGGUAUCUGGUGGCCAGGGAAAUCAAUACACGUUUCCAAAACCACUGCCCAGAGCCAAGCACACCGUGCGAAUGCGGGCGGCCGACUCCCGGGUCCUGGAGUGGGGUCCCUGGAGCCAGCCCGUGGAGUUUGGCUCCGAAGAAUGGCUGUCCACCGCGGCGUUUGUCUCCAUGGUCAUGCUGGGCACCCUCGCCUGCGCCUUGGUCUUCCUCUACCUUUUCUACAGGUUUGUUGGGGUGCCCAUUCCUCGCGUCAAAGAUAAAGUGAACAAUGACUAUCUCACCGAUGAUGAGAUCAUCUGGGAGAAAUUUACCCCACCCGCCGGGAAAGGGGACACCGAAGAGAUCUUUUCCGUGGAGGAGGUUGAAGAGUCCACGGCAAAGGUGUGAAUCUCAGAGGCCUCCAGCUCCCGUGUCCUUUUGGAAUCUUUGCGGAAUUUUUGUUUUGUUUUGUUUUGUUUGGGGCUGUUUUUUUGGGUUUUUUGGUAUUGUUUUCGGAUUAUUUCUUUUUGUGUGUCGUCGCCCGAAGAUAUGUUUUCUCAACGGAUGUUUAUUUUUUUAAUUUAAAAAUAUUUUUUUAUUGAUCUUUUUAGACGGAGAGGAAGGGAGUGGGAGAGAAACGUUGAUGAAAGGAGGGACCUUGUAUGCAUGUGGAUGCGUAUCCCCUGGGCAUAUAGACAAUCGUGUGGUGGAGGCCAGGGAGGGGUGGGGUGGUGGGAGGAGGGGCAUUGGGGUAAGAAGGUCUGCAAUACCUUUCGACAACUAAGAUAAAUUUUUUACUUUUUAUUAUUUUUUUAAAAUUUUUUUUCAUGAUUGAUUAAGGUAUUACAUUUGGGUCCUUAUCCCCCCCAUUCACCCCCCGAACCCCGUAAUCAUGCCCUCGCCCCUCCGACAUCUGUGUCCAUUGGUUUGAUGGUCUGAUCGAUGCCGCUUCUGUCCCCGGAUCUGUUUUUGUUCAUCGGUGUACGUUGUUGACUAGAUUCCGCAAAUGACUUGAGAUCCUGCGAUAUUUAUCUUUCUCCGAACGGGCGUACUUUGCAUCGACCGAAAAUCAUAAAAUGUUUUUAAAAUCAUUAAGAGUU